UGGGGAUGUUGCCUGUUGCGGCUGUUGUCGUUGGGAUGUUCAUUUUGUUUCCAAUUCAAAGUUUUUAAAAUAUAUUUGUUUCAUUGUCGAUAUUCAUUCCCCGAAAGACUUUUCAACCUAUCAAUAGAAAAUUUCCGUCAUGGCGAGCCAAAAUCAUGCAUCACAAAUUUCUGGAUCUGUACAAACACAAACCCAGCUAAGCAAUGGUGGAGCAUUGGCUGAGCCCAUUCAUCUUCAAAGCUUGUACAGAAGUCUGAAGCUUGACCCAUUCCUGGACUAUGUUGAAGACAUUAUCAGUCAGCCUAUAAGCGACUCCGACUCUCUGUCUGAAGACGAUGAUGACCCUGAAACACAGCUUCUUCGAAAAGAGCUAACAUCCCUUGAGAAAGCUUCCUGCUUGUACAACUUCAGCAGUGUUCAGAAGAAACGUCGAUGGGUGUGCGAUGCAUUGUGCCAUUCAUCGGAUUCAGAUUCAGAUUCAAAUUAUUUGGAAUCAUCAAGUUCUCAUUUGUAUUCAAGUGCAAAGCGAAGAAAACAAGGUUUUGAUUAUAAAUCUCAACUGUUCGAUGACAAUGUCCAUGUGUUUGGUGAAGUUUCAAGUUGUGAACCUCAGGAGAGAAAUAUGUUUUUGCCUGGCAGUCUCAGACCUGAGGCUGGUCCACUUAACUUCAAUAGCAACAACCAGAGUAAUGAUAUACAAAAUAAGGAGUCUGAAAAUGAUGCAAGCUCAAAUGAAGAUGCAGAAUCAUCAGAAAAUUCAGAUGAAAAUACUGAUGAGGAAGACGAGGAUGAUGAUGAUGACAAUGAUGACGAUGAUGAUGCCCACAAUGAUGAAAACAGGAGCAUUGAGAAAAAUUUCUCACUACGGGAUGAAGAUGGAAUUCCAGGGGAGGGAGGUUGCAGGCCUAAAAGACAGCAUAGCUUGUCCCCAGAAGAAAGAAGAGAGAUGCGAAUAAAUGCCAUGAUAAGAGAGCACCUCAUCAGGAAAAGCCAUGCUGCCAGUUACUUCUCACAAAAAUGGAGUGUGAAGGAUAUGCCAUCUGUAGACCCGCUGGUUGAGGACAACCCCUACAAGGGGCGGGGUUUUCUGUACUACGGAGCUGGUCUGUUGUCCAGCGUUGACAGGUAUAAUGACAAUCAGCGGUACUUGGCGUGCUCUCGGAGGGUGCGCAGUUCUGUUGGCAGCAAGGGCAGCCGUGGAGCCUCUAAUGGUGCUGCGCCCGUUGGCGGCUCAAAGGUCGACCAGAGAAGACCUGCAUCAGGUUCUCUUGUGAUGGAGGCCGCGAUCAAGGAAGAGGAUGAUGACACCAACUUUGAUCAGAACUCUGAGAACUUGCUGGGAAUGGACUAUGAUGGAGAAGAAUCUCUUGCGGAUGAAGACAUCUCUAAGAUCAGAACCCGGGCUCCUUAUAAGAAAGAGAAGAAAGGAAAAAAACUUGAUGCUCAGGCGCUCGCAAUGCGGCGUCACAAGCUGUGGCUGCUGAUGACACGCAAGGAGGUGGUGCGGUCACAGCGCACGCGGGCUGCGGCUCACAAGGAGAUGCUGCACAGCUGUAAGAGGAUCGCUACAGCUGCUACCAAGACCUACCGACACAAGGCCUUGCAGAGCCAGAAAAUUGUGAAGGAGAAAGUGUGGCUACUGAAGCGCCUGAGUCGCAGCAUGCAGAACGAGUGGAGAAAGUUUGACCGCAUCAUCAAAGAGCAAAACAAGCGGGCAGAGAAAGAAGCGGAAGAACAGCGAAAGAUGGAUAAAGAAAUCAUGGAGGCAAAGCGACAGCAGCGCAAGGUAAACUUCCUCAUCACGCUGCCGGAGCUCUACGCGCACUUCAUGCGAGACAAAAUAUCAGGCCGCCCCGACGACGGCACCAGCACGGAAAUACUCAAGCAGCUUGAGGACGCCCCUAAUGUUGGGGGCUCGACUCCUGCAGAGGGACUUACCCUCGCUGGGGGACCGACUUCGGCUGGGGACCUGACUCCUGCUGCCGCCGCCGCUGCUUCUGCAGUUUCACUGGCUGACGAAGACUACGACUGUGAAGCCCUGAAGCGACAAGCUCUUCACACGGCACAGGAAGCCGUCCGGUCUCAGCGCUCUCUGAUGAGCAAAUAUGACCAAAGUCGCCAGGGGGGCGGCGGCUCCGGAGAGAAGGAGUUCAUGCAGCCUGAAAUUUUCAUGGGGCAGCUAAAGUCAUACCAACUUAAGGGCAUGAACUGGAUCGCUAAUCUUUAUUACUUCGGCAUCAACGGCAUCUUGGCAGACGAGAUGGGCUUGGGCAAGACGGUCCAGGCGAUCGCCUUCCUUGCUCAUAUUUGCGAGGAGUAUGACAGCUGGGGCCCUUUUCUCAUCGUGACGCCAGCCUCUACCCUACACAACUGGACCGCUGAGAUCAACCGCUUCGUGCCGGAGUUCAAGGUGGUGCCGUACUGGGGCACGCCUGAGGAGCGCAAGAGUCUGCGUAAGUUUUUUGACUUGCGUAACUGCGGCGACCGCAAGGCCGCGAGCUUCCAUGUGGUCGUCACCAGCUACCACAUCGUCAUCCAGGACUUCAAAUUCCUCAACAGACUCAAGUGGAACUACAUGGUCCUUGAUGAGGCUCAGGCCAUCAAGAGCAUCAACAGCCAGCGCUGGAAGUUAUUACUGGGCUUCAGCUGCCGGAAUCGCCUGCUGCUGUCGGGGACGCCCAUCCAGAACACCAUGGCCGAGCUGUGGGCGCUGCUGCACUUCAUUAUGCCCGCGCUGUUUGACUCGCACCAGUGGUUCAACGAGUGGUUCAGCAAGGACAUCGAGGGCCACGCCGAGAACCGGACUCAUGUCGAUGAAAAACAUUUAAACCGACUGCACACCAUCCUGAAACCGUUCAUGCUUCGGCGCAUCAAAACCGAAGUGGAAAACGAGCUUACCGACAAAAUUGAGAUCAUGGUGUACUGCCCGCUGACGCUGCGCCAGAAGUUCCUGUACUCUGGCCUUAAGAACAAAAUCAGCAUCGAUGAACUGCUGCACUCAACCUCAGGCUCGGCCACCACCCCCGCCUCCGUCACCAACUCCCUCAUGAACCUCGUCAUGCAGUUCAGGAAGGUCUGCAACCACCCUGAGCUGCUGGAGCGUCGGGAGGUGCAAUCUUCCCUCUGGAGCGUCCCUCUCGCAGCCCUCGUGCCCAGGCUGCUCUACCACGUCGCCCUGGACGGGCCGCCCCUCGUGCCUGCCUUCCUAUCACCCUUCUGCCCUCACCACGUCCAUACGCAGCUAUACUCUCGUGAUGCGGCCAGUAACCAGGAUGGUGGUGCGGUAUGGUUAACUAGUUGGUGGUUCGCUGCGCUGUGUGGUGUGAGUGUUGCAGAGGCUUGUCUACUAUUGGUUGGUGAUGUUGUAACCACAUGGCGGCUGCUGCAUCACUACCAUCACCACACACUCCAUAUCUCUCAUCACAUGCAACGAUGGCAUGCUUCAUCACACCAUUCGCUCUCAGAUGGAAACUGUUCAUAUUUGUCGUCUGGAAGUUCUUCUUCUGCAAGGAAAUCAUUUUUAAAUAACGGGUCUCUCAUACUCCCCGGCCAUGACAUGAGUGGUGACGUGUUGCGGUCGCUCGUCUUCUGUACACACACGUCGCCCUUCUAUGCCUUCGUCGACCACGUCGUCAGGAGCGUGCCUGAAACGUCCGCGCACCGACUCAUGAGACUAAACAAGCGCAACAAGCCUCGAAUAGAAGAAGUUAGCAGCGGCGUCGCUGGGAAAUUAGAACCUGAAGACGAUAUCUCGUCUCGCCUUGAUGCCUCAGGAAGCCUGCCUUCCCGGAGCAAAGAUACGUCGUCUGUGGCCUCAUCGCCUGUGGCCUCAUCGUCUGUGGCCUCCCAGUCCUCGAACUCGCCCACAAAAUCCGCGGUUUCUUCGCCGAAAAAAUCCCCGAGGUUAAAAUCGCCAUCCAAGACGUGUGGAGUUCGUACGUCCGAAUGUCCCACGUCCCCUUCAGGAGAAGAGGACGUCCCAGCGCGCCCGUUCAUUCCCCGUUUGCCCGUAACCCGCGCAUGUGAGCCCACUUCGCUGCCCGCGUUCCUGGCACAAACUUGCCCUAAGGUGAUGUGCAGUGGCCGGCGCCUGUACAGCUACGACCAGCACGCAUGCGUGAGCGCCGCGCCUCUCAGGCCGCCCCUGGCGCUGCAAAUGCUGCAGCGCGGCGUCGCGCACGUGCAACAGAUGGAAAGAGCAUCUAUGGGAGACAUCAGCCUAGAGACGCCUUGCCCGAUGCAGGCGCCUGAGAGGGGCGGGCUAGACGCUCUCACAUCCGAGACAGGCGCGGACUGGAACCACGUUAUCAUUCCUGACAAGCACUCGCUCAUGAUGGACGCGGGCAAGUUGUUCGUGUUGGACUCGCUGCUGAGUCGCAUGAAGGCAGCAGGCAACCGCGUCCUUAUCUACUCUCAGAUGACCAAGAUGAUCAACCUGCUCGAGGAUUACAUGCGGCACCGGCAGCACAAAUACAUGAGACUCGAUGGCUCCUCCAAGAUCAGCGAGCGUCGUGACAUGGUCGCCGACUUCCAGUCCAAAUCAGACAUCUUCGUGUUCCUCUUGUCUACGCGAGCUGGAGGAGUCGGUAUCAACCUCACGGCCGCGGACACUGUGAUAUUCUACGACUCUGACUGGAACCCGACUGUGGACCAGCAGGCGAUGGACCGCACGCACCGCGUGGGACAGACCAAGCAGGUCACCGUCUACAGGCUCAUUUGUAAAGGCACUAUUGAGGAACGCAUCCUACAGCGGGCCAAGGAAAAGAGCGAGAUCCAGCGCAUGGUUAUCAGCGGCGGGAGCUUCAAGCCUGACACGCUCAAGCCCAAGGAAGUCGUCUCACUGCUCCUUGAUGACGACAUCGAGCAGCAAUUCCGCGCUCGUCAGGACGAGCGUCGUGCGCUAGACGAGCGCCGUGUCGAGUACAACAGAGAGAAGAUGCGCAAGCGAUACGCUGAGAAGAAACUGGAGCGAGAGCUUCUGGAGGGCAAGAAGAGGCGCGUGGAGGAGGAGGGCGACGAGACCAAGAGCUUCUCACAGCCACCCACGCCCUCGGACGCUGACGACGGCAAACUUGCUGCGGAGGAGCAGGCGAGCGACCCGUCCCUGCCACCGCAGCCCGUCUGCCGGGGCGACGUUCAGAACGUCGAACCGUCGACGUCUGCUGCGUUCAUCACAGACCUCCCAUCUGGUAUACAAGGCAGCGUGCUGGGCAACACGACAGUUCGUGGUCACCGCAAGCGCGGCCGCCCGCGCAUGUCAGGCGUCAGGGGGCGCGCUGCUGCCAUGCCUCGACCCCCGCCCCCUGCUGACUCAAGCUCUUCGUCAGCGCCUGCUGCUGUGGUGGUGAAGAGGGGUCGCGGGCGCCCUCGUCUGCUGCCCUUAGGACCUGGCCACAUGGGGCAGCGCCCCCUGCAGCAGCUGCCUGCUGCCCUAGGGGCGCUACAGCAACGCCCUCUUGACAUGACGCAGUAGCUG